AGUACUUCUUAUGUUCUAUAUGUUCCUACAAGGAUAUUCGGAAUUUGCGAAAUAUCGAAAUGAUACAUGAGGUACUGGUUCAUUGAAUAAAAUUCAGUAGGUGUUUGAAUUUAGUGCCAUUGAAGACUCCUCAUCUAAUCCAAUUUUUUAUUAAAAGGCGUGACAAAGGGGAUCUGACUCUCGAAAGUAUGAUGAAUCUGACUUUCGACUUUAAGGCCGACGAUAUAAUCGAAGAUGGAAAAUGUAAAAGAAAAGACAUCGAGGAGAUAAAAACGUGGCUGGUGUCGAACAGUUUACCAAACGCGACCGACGAACAGAUCGUUCUCUUCCUUUUAGCUUGUGAUAGCAACGUUGAAUACGCCAAAACGACAAUUAAGUCUUACUAUUACUACAUGUAUCACGGUAAGAACAUCACCAACAACAGAAAUAUCAAUUCCAAGGAGAUGCUAGAGCAAGCAAAAAUAGUUGAGAGCGUAGUUAUACCGAGAAGAACGAAGGACAAUUAUAUGGUGAUAUUCCAAAGGCUGAGCGACUUCUCGCACUGGAACUUCAACCUUGAACCUUCCAUAAAGCUCUUGUUUAUGACCUUGGAGCUUGGCUUGAUGGCUAAUCCUCCACCAGACGGGUUAGUGGCGGUUUUCGACAUGACUGGAGUUAGCAUUAUGCACUUGACCAAGCUCAGGAUCGGUCCACUCAAGCUGCUUUUCCACGUACUCCAGGAGGCGUUACCCUGUCAAGUCAGGGCUAUACAUGUCUUGAAUUCCGCCUAUUUCGUGGAUAAAUUGAUAGCGAUAUUCAAACCGUUGAUGAAGAAGGAUCUUUACCAAAAGCUGCAUUUCCAUCAGUCUAACAUCGAUAUGGACGUUUUUUUCGAGAAUUGCGUGGAGGCUGAUUGUAUUCCAGCCGAUUACGGUGGAAAAUUGCCCAGUGUUAGAGCCAUGAGCGAGGCCACUUUAGAGAAUAUGAAGAGGAGAUCCGAGUGGUACGUGAUAGAGGAGAGUUUGAGGAAAAAUUAUAAACCUACGUCGAAUUCUUGAACUUUCCCAGCUGGAUUGUCUCACCUUAGUUGUUGAUGUUAAACUUUGAGAUAUGUGAUAGUAAUUAUGUUAAGGUUAGAUGUACAGAUAAUAAAACAUCAGUUGUUCAAA